AUGAGCAAGACAUCUCAACAGAACACCGCUACAGAUGCGAACGGAGUAAGCGUGAUUCACACCCAAGCACACACCAGUGGUUUGCAGCAGGUUCCCCAGCUGGUGCCUGUUAGUCCUGGUGGUGGAGGCAAAGCUGUGCCUCCGAGCAAACAGGGAAAGAAAAAUUCCUUUGUGGAUAGAAACAGCGAUGAGUAUCGUCAGCGCAGAGAGCGAAACAACAUGGCAGUGAAAAAGAGCCGGUUAAAAAGCAAGCAGAAAGCACAAGACACGCUGCAAAGGGUCAACCAGCUCAAAGAAGAAAAUGAACGUUUAGAGGCAAAAAUUAAGCUCCUGACCAAGGAGCUGAGUGUACUGAAAGACUUGUUCCUCGAGCACGCACACAAUCUUGCAGACAAUGUGCAACCUGUUGGCACUGAAACCACCACAACAAACCCAGAAAACAAUGGACAGUAGACACUGUUGCAACCUUACGAAAUGAACGCUCGAGGUGCAGCUUGUCUGCAAUGCCCAUGCAGUAACCAAGCAAAAACUCUGUUCUUUUAACCAUCAUUUUGUGGAGAUUUUCUUCUUUCUAGGUUUAACACUGAAUAUUUGAUACAAUUAAACCAGAAACUGCUUAGGGUAUUUGUUUUAAAUAUUUUUCUCCUCUAAAAGAUUAAUCUAAUAAAUGCAGAUCUAAAUUCAUAGUCAACAAGGAGCUUAGUAUUAGGGAAAUAGCAUUUUCACAGAAAUGUUCACUUACCUUCUUAUAGUUUGCAUAAUGGGAGGAAUCCAGCAGGAUGGUUCAUUGUAGUAUCAGAAACUCCUAAUUGGAUAAAAUGCCUUUUAAAUACAUUUUAGGGUAUUUAAGCCCUUUGUUUUCUCCAUUACAUAUUACAAAACUGC